AUGAAUACGAGACCAAAGGAAGAUCUUAUUGCCGCUGCAGGGGAUGCAGAGCCGGUAAAGAUGACGAAUGUGCUCUUUGCCGUGGCGGGACAAUUGGCGACCGUUGACGGGCAAGCUGUGACAGUGGCAGUGCGGGUGGUCAAGACAGUAGAGGUGAUCACAUCUAUAGAACCUCCUCCUGGUUGGGCGUGCGAGCCAGUAGUUGUGACGGACCCAGGAACUCCGGUGACUAUAGGUCGCUCGGUAGCGGUAACUGGACAAAUGGUGGUGGAGACCAAGACUGUUUCCGUGGUGGUAUAUGUGCUCUUAUGGGACGCGGGGCAGUCGGUCACACUGGAUGGACACGCGGUGAUGGUAGCAGUGCGAGUGCUGAAGAUAGUAGAGGUGGUAGAUUCACCAAGAGAUGAUGAGGCAGCAUCAGCCGUAGGGGAGGAGGAGAUGGUGGCCUCGGUGACUGGGCAGAUCGUUGUCGCAACCACAAUGGUCUCAGUGGUCAGAAAAGUACUCCUGGCUGACGCAGGGCAGUCGGGGACAGAGGACGGGCAUGCGGUCACGGUAGCAGUUCGGGUGGUCAGGAUAGUCGAUGUAGUGAACUGUGACGCGGAAGUAGGGAUUGCAGACGAUUGCUCAGAUGCCGCGAUGGACGAUGUGGGAACGACACUGGGAGCGGGUGAAGGAUUCGAUGGGGUUAGGAGCCCACUGGACAAUGAGACUUGA